AUGCAUCACAAGAGUACGGUCAAAAAAACAUUCAAGGUCCUGUUCUUCUUUAUCCAGGCACUGGGAUUCAUAUCCGGGAUUGGGGUGUUAAUAGUCGGAACCACGAUCUAUGCAACGGCCCAUGAGAUACUCCAAAUACCUACAAAAAUGCUUAUGCUUUCGUACGUACUAGGUAUCCUAGAAGUUCUAUCGGCAGUGCUUGGAUACACAGCACUGGCAUCAAGAAGAAGGCUCCGGAUGCUUGUCUACAUCUCCACCACGCUCAUUCUCAUGAACGUGCAAGCUAUAAUGGCUGUAAAGAGCACAGUCAUCCAUGAGAGAUCGCGCGCAUGGGCGGACUGGAGGUGGGACUCGCUGAACGAGGAGCAGAGAAAUUUUGUGCAGUCGAAGUUCAAGUGCUGCGGCUUUUUAGACUCAAGCGACAGGAGUGGAUCCAGCUGUGGAGGGUCUGAUGGAUGUGUGGAUGCCGUGUACAAGCUCUCCAAAAGCACGGCAUCUCUUAUGCAGAGAACGCUGAUGUUCUCAUUCUUCUUUGAGUCGGUUGGAAUGGGGAUCCUGAGCAUGCUGAGGCUUAGAAAGUGA